AUGUCAGGUCCCAACGAGAUAUACCAAUACUCCGUAAUCAACACCCUCGCCCAAGGCAUCUGCAACGACGGCGUCCCAGUCACCCAGCUCCUCACCAAAGGCGACCACGGCCUGGGUACACUAGCUAAGAUGGACGGCGAAGUGACCAUCAUCGACGGCCAGGCAUACCAGAACACAUCUGACGGGGGAGCUCGCACGCUCCAACCCUGUGACGUUACGCCCUUCCUCAUGACCACGCACUUCCGGCCCACGACAAGCGUCACCCUCCCCACUCUCAGCGACGAGACUCUCCUAGACGUCAUCGCAGGUCUGUGUCCGGGCUCGGCGAAUUCCUUCCUUGCGAUUCGAAUCGAGGGCGUCUUCUCGCAGAUCAAGUACCGCGCUGCCGGACCGCAGUGCCAUCCUUACGAAACCAUGGCGGAGGUUGUGGAAAGGCAGAGGGUGGGGUUGUUUGAGAAUCAGAGGGGGGUGGUCUUUGGGUUCUUUGCUCCUGGGUUCACGCAUGCGUCUAGUGUUGUGGGGCUACAUUUGCAUUUUCUUUCGGAGGAUAGGAGGGUGGGUGGGCAUAUUCUGCAGUUUGCUGGUGUGGAUGUGGGCUUGGAGGCUGCGGUUGUUAGGAAGUAUACGGUGCAGUUGCCGGAGACGGAGGAGUGUAGUUCAGAGGUGGUUGCAGAGCCCCGGUAG